AUGUCUGGUGCUGGUAGAAAAAGGGCACGUAAAAAUGAUGCUACUAUGGCAUCGUCUUCUGUUACUCUUACUAUACGUCAAGAGACUGUACGGACACCAUUAAGAGUAAGAUCGAGAAAACGCUCUAAACUGGAUACCGAUUCGAUCAAUACAUUCGAUAUCCCUGACUCAUGGAAUUCUCUUAAUGUCCUUCAAUUUCUAUUGGAAUUUAGUAAUAAACUGCCUUAUAUCACGAAUUGUGAUAUGGAGAAAGUUAUCAACAAAUUAAUUGAACGCUAUUCCAAAGAACCUGAUGCUGUUGUUAGAGCUAAAAUUAUUUCAUUACUAACUAAUGUCGCAACAAAUUAUUCUUUCAUCAAUACCAUACCUUUGAUCAAUGGAUUAACCACCUUGCUCAAGAAUGAAGUGGCGAAUAUGGUUAAAUCGCAAUUAUUAAAAUCUCUCCUAUCCAUUACGCAAAGACAUAUAAAUGACAUUUUAGAAUAUUCUUAUCGAAUGGAACACCUAUUUACUGGUCUUAAUAUAGAGAAAUCAGCAUUGCUAAGGCAAUUAAGAGCUUUAGCUCAUGCAAUUCUGGUCCUCUUAUUAAUUCGAAUAAAGCUCGGAGCUAAUAUUGGAAGAGAGUCUAUUGGUGCUUUCACUGAUCAGAUAAGAAGUUUAGAAAGACCUAUAUUGUAUUUCAAGGAAAGGAUCAUCGGUUUAGAAAGCUAUUCUUUUCCUCACUUUGGUGAUAAUACCAGUCUUUUAGAAGAAGAUGGAUCAAAGAUUAAUGAAGAUUCCCUAAUCCAACGUGUAACAGCUAUAGUUAAUGAGCCGAAAGAUAAAACUGACAAUGUAUAUCGUUUUACUGCUAGACUUCCUGUGGCAAUUAACAUCGACAUUAAUUUUGAAAAUGUAUCAGAUCCUUCAGUGAUACGAAUACUGGUUACUUUUCCGGAUCGCCGAACGCAACUCUUCACCCCUAAAUUGGCAGAUUUCCAUCCUUGCAGUAGCACUGGCUAUCAUUUAUCUACAAAAAUUGUGAUAUCACACUCUGCUUGGUCAGAUGUAGGCUAUAUUGAGAUAUGCCCAGUGAUAACUUAUCAAGCUGAUCAUGUUGAGAAGCAACUAACAGAUUGGAAAUCCUACCUGGAAAAUGGAGCCUUUGAUCUUGAACCUGACUCUAGUAUCUCUAAUUCAAAAUAUCAGUUGAAUGGAAUUCUUAAAUUAUGCUCACCGGUGCAUAUAUCAAUACAUCCUAAAAAGAAAUUUCAUAGUUAA